CACGCCAAUGCGAUGUUGCUUCGGUGGUGGGAUGAGAUUGAGUCGGAGGGUUGGUUGGUAACGGGAAAUGUGGGUAGAGGAACGAGGUUGUAUUGUGCAUAGAGGCCAUGAUCUCAACGUGAUGCAAUUCGGAAGUCUCAACCCAUAUUUGGUUUGGUUUUAAGGGUGGUGCAACAAGGAUGGAGUCUUAUACUCUUGUUCACGAUGAAGCGUGCUUACCUCUUUAAUACCCGAAGAAGGAAACAAAAUCCGACCCAGCCCGCUAUCACACCUCUUUUCUUCUUUCGGGUCGAAAUCUCUUUCAAACUCUCCUAGGGUUUCAACCCGCCACUUCCCUCUAUAGCUCGGAAAAAAUAAGCUCCCCCCCUCUUUGAGUCUUAAUUUCUCAAGCCAAACAAUGGGAAGGAAGAAACCCAAGGACCCGGAAACCGACGCCGUUUCGGGUCAGCCCGACAUCUUCAAAACCCUAUUCGGCGACGCUGCCACCCCGGACGCCUCAGCCGCCAUCUUCUCCGACGACAACCCCUUCCGGAGGAAGAAUCACGAACCAGGUUCAGCCUUUGCCGCUGCUCCGUCGCUCGAAACCGUCGCUAACGCCAACCACGGCGGCGCCAAUGGUGAGGUGAAGAAGAGGAAGAAGAAGGCGACGGAUUCGGUUGCUGAAGAAGAAGAAGCUCCGUUAGAGAGCAAGAAGAAAUCGAAGAAGGAAAACCCUAAUUUGGAGUCUGAAAAGGAAGAUGAUAUAGUUUCCAAUUUGGUUUUGGGGCUAGGAUCGGAUGAUCCGAAUCUGGGUAAGAAGAAGAGGAAGAGGGAUGAGCUUGAGAGGGAGUAUGAAGCGAAGAAGUACGGUGUGAAGGAGAAUCAGGAGGAAGGAGAUGUGGGGAAGAAAGUUGGGGAGAAGAGGAAGACGGUGGAUAAUCCAGCUGAUAUGCUGGUUUCCGAGGAAGGUUUCGAUGAUGAAAGUAAGCUGCUGAGGACUGUUUUCGUUGGGAAUUUGCCGGUGAAUGUGAAGAAGAAGGUGUUGAUUAGGGAGUUCAGUAAGUUUGGGGAGGUGGAGAGUGUGAGGAUUCGGUCUGUACCGAUAGAGGAUACAAAAGCUCCCAGGAAAGUAGCUGUGCUUACAAAGAAGCUCCAUAAGAAAGCUGACAGUGUGAAUGCAUACAUUGUUUUCAAGUCAGAGGAAUCUGCACAGGCUUCUCUGUCGCAUAACAUGGCUGUGGUUGAAGAUCAUCACAUUCGUGUUGACAGAGCAUGCCCACCUCGUAAGAAGCUGAAAGGAGAGAAUGCUUCUGCUUAUGAUCACACGAGAACUGUAUUUGUGGGCAACCUUCCCUUUGAAGUAAAGGAUGAAGAAGUGUAUCAGUUGUUUUGUGGCACCAACAAUCAGGAAUCUGGAGUUGAAGCCAUUCGCAUAAUCAGGGACUCUAACGUUGGUCUAGGAAAGGGCAUUGCUUAUGUUCUGUUUAAAACAAAGGAAGCUGCGAAUGCAGUUGUGAGGAAACGAAAUCUGAAGCUUCGAAAUCGGGAACUCAGGCUUUCUCAUGCAAAACCAGAGUCUGUCACAUCUAAGAGCAAAAACCAAGAUUCCACCCCAUCUAAGAGAAGCAACCCAUCACCUGCAUCAAAUUCUAAAUCCCCAGCUAAAAGGCCAGCUGUCGGUCCAAGGACUCCAGAGUUCAAGGGAAAUUCAAAGGCUACUAUGUCCUACCAGGGUGUACGUGCGGGUAAAAAUGGUGUCCAAAAGUAUCCAAAAGCCAAGUUUGAAUCAAGGCCUCAGAGUGGAGUGAAGCCAAAAGAACGUAUGGAGAAAAGACCAUCAGUUGCUGCCAGAAAAGCUAAGGCCGCAUUCCAAGGUAGUGCUCCUUCAAAAGAAGCAGGUGUGAAGCGUAAGAUGGAUAGCCGAACUCCAGAGAGCUCCCACCAGAAAAAGAAAUUCAAGAAAUUUAGGUAGGAAAGGACUACACAAAUACUUGCUCCAUAUCUUAGGGGCCAUAUACAGAUGAAAGGCUCUCUGCCCUCCAGCUCUGGGGCUAGAGAAGUUGAAUUAUGUACCCUGUCCGAAGCUUCUAAUAUUUUUGUGUACAAGUCACUGACGUUAAAUCAAAUGUAUUUUCUGUUGGUUCAUUUACAUGAAUUACAAAGUUUCCUUCUUC